UGCAAACGUAGCCCAGUAGUUCAUCAUGUGCAAGUCCUACUACACCAGAUUUCCCGUUUUUAGGGCAGGGUCGAGGGGUGCCGAGGGGUGCGAACGGUCUUUAUCGAGCGGCUUGUGCGCGAGUUUGCCAACGCAGACGUAUACGACGCUUUAGUUUCAGGGACGGAUAAUUUCCCAUCCUCUUCGUAUAUUGUGAGUUGUAAUAUUGCGAAGCACGUGAUUAUUUCUGUCAAAAGAUCGUCGUAAAGAAUUACAGCCUCUUUAUCGAGAAUCUAUGAAUUAUGAACAUGAUACAUUGCGAAUUUUACGGCAAAGAAAUUAGAAUUUAAAACUCGCGAAAAAAAGACGAAGGAUUAUUCGAUCCAGGAUCUGGACAAUCUUCAUUCACUCCUGUCGAUCCCCUCCAUGUUUCAUUCUCAUCCUCCCAUCGUGGCAAAUCUGUUACAAGAUUUCGCUAUCCUCACCCAUCUCAUGGCAAUGAAUUUGAACAGGCCGCAGACGUGGUGAAAACGACCAUAUCCGCUCACGUUGGCUUCUAAAAGAGAAGUCCGGGAUAUGAUAUAUCGCGGUGAUGAAGCGAUUAUUGGAACGAGAGUCGACGAUUGCGGGUGACCUCCUCCAGAAAAAGAUGAUAUUUUUCGCGACACAUCGUUCACCUAAAAUUUCGUCUAUUUUCUUGCAUCCGCCCAAAGGAAACCGAAAUAAUUUAUGUAUAAAUAGAACCUCUCCCGCUGAGGCCCAUUGGAGCGGCUACACGAGAGUUCAAUAAAAAGACAUCUGCAGAAGAACAUCCGCGAAUAUAAAAGUUCCUUCGCAAAUCGAGUAUCAGAUCGACUGUCAUCCUCAAGAAAAAGGCACGAUUACAAGAGGGAGAUGAAAAACGGAAUAACUUUACUCAUUGCUUAUCGUAAACAGUAAUAAAUUUAUCUCGCUAAUUGUAUAAUUUAUGUACGACAGUAAUAAAUUAUCGAGAUAAUAAACGAGGAAAGAAAGAGAAAAAUAGGCAAAAGAGAAGAUCGAGAGCCCACGUGGUCCACGUCAUCGACGAUAAGAUCAAAUGCGCGGCGGCCUGAUGGAGUCUCACUUCUAUACAUUGACAAUGAUGCUUGACGAACAAUACUGCUGCCUUGCCGACGAGAGUCGAAUUGGAUCAUCGAGAAAUAAGCUCAAGAGACUAAAGAUGAUGGCGAACGAAGAAAGGCUUGUGCACUCGUGCUUUUAAAUCAGUAACAUCAAGCACGCGCUCGUCGUCGCGCCGACAUCAUGGGGAAUGGCAUGAACAAGGUACUUCCCGGUCUUUAUAUAGGUAAUUAUCAGGACAGCAAGGAUGCCGAUCAAUUGGAGCGUUUUGAGAUCACGCAUAUUCUGGCUAUUCACGACACGGCUCGUCGUCUGCAUUCCGAUAAGCAUUACUUAUGCAUCUUGGCAGCGGACAGUCCUGAUCAGAAUUUAUCGCAAUACUUCUCUUUGUGCAACGAUUUCAUCCAUGCCGCCCGUCUUCGCGGCGGAAAUGUACUGAUCCAUUGUCUGGCAGGAAUGUCGAGGAGUGUGACGGUGGCGGUGGCUUACAUCAUGAGCAUCACCGAUUUGUCCUGGAAAGAAUCACUCAAAGUCGUUAGAGUGGGUCGUUCCAUCGCGAAUCCGAAUGUCGGUUUUCAACAGCAGCUCAAGGAUUUUGAAUCCAGUCGCUUACAAGAUGAGCGUCGCAGAUUAAAGGAGCGGUUUCCCAGUCUCGCUCUCGCCGAGGCUGAUGCAGAGGCUUGCAGAUCCACCUUGAGAAAUUACGAAACACUAGCUCUAGCGAAAGAGGUAUGCGAGGGCAAAUGCGCCAUGGGACGCACUUGUCCAACUGGCCUCUGUCGUCAAGCUACUAAAAGGAGCGCGAGAAGAAAGUCCUCUACUAGCAGCCUCGGAAGUGUAUCGUCCGGCCGGACGCCCCCGCAGACACCACGAAUGCUACCAUCAGCGCCACCCUCGCCGGCCUUGCAUAGAUCAACGAGCGUUGUGUCGACGUCAAGACCGAGGAGUGGUCCGGCAGGAUUGCAUUCUUACACUGGAGGUUCCGCUCCGCCUUCCAGGGCUGUGUCGCGCGUGGAUCUCUCGGCAGCGGUCGCUUGCAGCAGCAGCAACGCCAAUCUUUCCGCCGUGGGCAGAUCGAGUGUAUUCUCCAGCAGUAAUUGGCGAUUGACCGCCGGUUCCGCACCGAAUACGCCGCGACCGACGCCGCCGGUCUCGCCGCAACGUUGGCCGCGACGGCUCUCGAAUCGGCAAACUCCUCAGCUGCCGGCACCACCGGAAUCGCAUUCUUCGACGAUGACGUAGCAUCAGGAGAAGCCCGGUUUGCUCUCGAGUUUGAUAGAGUAGAAAAUCAUUUAGCGGAUGAUCGGCGAAUAGUUCUCGAGAAUCCCGGCUGGCUGUUGCGCGCUCUUUAUUUCGCGGGAUAAAUUAUCAACUUAUUGCGCGUGCAGCCUUGAAAAAAAUGAAGAAGCUUCCGGCAAAGAUAUAUAAAUUUCGUAAUAAAAUGCGCCUGCUAAUGUUUCGCAUUCGGGACAUGCAAUCCAUUCUAGCGUUCAUUCGGAUGAAAUUAUUAGAGGUAAAUGAUCUUUUACGUGAUCGCGUAAUGGUACACAAUCGACAUGAUUCGAACUUGAUUCGUGCCAGCGACACAUUAAACGCGCAUAUCGCAUAAUGAUGGAAAUUGUUGGUUAAUUUUGAUCUGUACAAAUUGUUAUACAAGUGUUACUCAUCUGGUUACAUAUCUGGCGAGAAAGUGCUUUUGACAAAGAUAGUAGGAGAAACGGGAGGGAAAUCUCUUCAUAGAUACAGUUUGGGCACAUUCGAGCGUUUUAUAAGUAAUAAGUGAGUUGAUUUUACGAUUUGAAACAUUCGUAUUAAUCGAAGAAAUUAUGAUAAAUGAGAUCUCUAUCACUGACAAUCUGUCUUUUAGAUAUAUUACGGAGACCGAGCGUUGCAUUUAUGCAGCUUGCGUAACGAUCGAUCUGCGAGAUGAAGUAAUAAAUUGGAAAGAUUGAUGCAUUCGGGACGUAGAAUUAAUCCUUUGGGAUUUUGUCGGUUAUGGCGAUAAUUGCUUGCAAUUAAGUGCGGCAGGUUAUCUCACGCUUUUACGGCGCCGUUCAAUCGCGCUAUAUAAUAACGGCGCUUGUUAACGAUCCCUACGUAUAUACACGAUCCGCGCUGCAACAAUCCCUCCCAUGAAGAUAACGCGCAAAUCCGUUACCGACUAAUUAAUUGGUUAUGAAAAAGAGUAUAUAUACGACACGCGGGUUAAUUAUGUUAUAUAGAAUCAGCCGAAGGAUUAAUGAGAAAGUAAAAAAAAAAAAUAUAUCUACAUACGUACAUGAUCGAUCGCGCAAUCGUAAGUUGUGUGGUAGUUUUAAAACAAUUGAUUACCCAGAGUAGAGAGAUUAUUUUUCGAUAUUUAAAACUUAUGGCGUCGUGAGAGAAAAUGAGAGAGUAUACAAGACAUGUACAAAAACUCAUGUACAAAAGGAGCGAGAUUGUUUCAGACAUCGACAAGAUAUACCGAAUCGGGAAUCUUUCUGCGAAGAAGAUAGUCGGUUCUAUUACGAUUACGCUCAGAGGCAACGGACCUUUGUUUCAGCAAAACCUGUUCCAACCUGAUUGCGUUCGCUACCGUCCAUACGAUUGUUGGCUUUCUAGCGAGAUCGCACUAUUUUACCGCAUGUUGUUGAAAAAGGAUUGAGGGAGAGAUACAUAUAUCUAUAGAUCUAUAUGCACGUACACGCAACAUACACGUACGUACGUUAACGAUACAUACAUACAUAUGUAAUACGUUGUUGUGCGAAAAGGGCUUUCAGAGAAUUUUAUAAACGCGCGAUCGAUGAUCGCGAUUAUAUUAUUAUAUACGAGUAGAGUGAUAGGCAUUAGAUAAAGAAAAUCUUGUUGUUGCUGUUGUUGUUGUUUCACCAGCACGAGCACCAGUCGCAAACGAGUUGAGAUUUAUGAUAGCGUCGCUUCAAUCGUCCUUCAGUAAUACUACAAUAUUAUAGAAUACACGAUAACGUAAUGUAGAUCGUUUUUUAAUCGUUUUCACGUAUGUAGAAGCUGCUCGUGUAAAUGACGAUGUGUAAAGCGUCGUCGCAGUGUAGGACCGAUCGUAUAUUAAAUAUGCAUUUCGUGUCACAAAUUCGCGACAUUUUCUAAGAAAAUUAAUUAUGAGUAGAAUUAGAGCGGAAAAAAUUGUUAAGAGAUACUCUUUUAAUUAAAGAUUUCGUUUUAUUGCGUUAUAUUUUAGAUAAGGAGCGGAAAAAUUAUAUCGCGUUUAAUUCUAAAAGAGAGAUGAUUUUUAUCGAGUUUGAUGCCGCGCCAAAUUUUAUUAGAUUUGGAUUAGAUGAAUUCGUAAUUUGUUUAAUAGAAUAACUGAAGAAAAAAGCAAUAUUUUUGUAAGUUUUUUGUUUGCGCGAAAUAUACAAAUAUACGUGAAACAAAAAUUUGUCAAAUAAGUGACUUUGCGUUAAUAUUUAAUUUAAAUUAUUACUUUAGAAUAAAAGAAGA